GGAAGGGGCUCGGGGGUGUUGGAGGGCCGUGAACGCGUCCGCGGCGUCCGGCGAUCUCUCGCGCAGUCUGGUGCCGCCGGUCACGACAGACUUACGUGCCGUUUCUGUCGUUCAGUCGACGAGACCGUGCGAGCGCAGUCGCGAGACGCAGGGGCGGCGAGAGGUCGCGAGAGAGAAAUCGCCAGGUCGUGUGUCAGCGGAAGCAAUUCGCGACUGAGGAGUUGCGACUCAGCGAAGUCUCCGCGCGCGGAAAAAGGGAGAAAGAGCGAGCUCGAAAGGGAGGGAGAGAUAGAGAGAAAAGGAGAGGAAGGUCGAGUGGAAUCGAGCGGAUUCGCGUGAAACCGCGACACCUCUUCGCUACUUCGUUACCCCGCUCGUCUGCUCGAGCAAGUGACAGCCACAGGGAGCCAUCGGUCGUCCCGGUGCGGGUGUGACGGCAAGUGGAAGCGACCCCGGGUCACGGGCAGGGCGAUAACGACGUCCGAUGCCACCGUGGCGCGCGAACCGCGCUGGUGAACCGCGCUGGUGAACUCCGCGGUGGCAGGAUCGCGAAGAUGAGCGACGCGGCUCGAUCGGCGCGCAGGGUGGGAAGGUGAAACAGCGACUCGCAACUAAGUGAUGAUUUUCUUGCGGACGUGAUCCAGGCGAAUGGGACAACGUGGGAAAAUCGAGUGGGAGAAUCAGACUGCGGAAGGUUUAUUCCCUUGGACCUCGUUUAGGCACGUCCCUAAAUCACGUUCAUCGACCGGAGGGAAGUUUGACCUGGUUGCGGUCGGAGAGGACGAGUGGGCGAAUGCAUCUCGCAGGAUGAAUUCGUGCGCGGUCUACUUGUCCCAGCUGCGGGCGAUGCUCGUGAGGAAUCUCCUGCUGAAGAAACGCGAGAAGCGGAAGACGAUGACGGAGAUCUUCCUGCCCCUCUACACCCUCGGGAUCUUGAUCGUGGUGAAGAUCCUGAUUCCGAACCCGAACUAUCCCGCGAUGACGACGCAGCAGCGCGAAACGGAGAUAUUUGAAAUACACAACGGCUACACGAACAUCACUAUCGCCGUGGUGCCCAAUUCUACGGAGACCCUCAGCUUCUUAAGCUCCAUGAACACCCUCUGGCUCUCUAUGUGGGAUUAUCCCGGUAAGUUUCCCUUAAACUUCAUCGUGUUCGACACGCAGGACGAUCUGCAGGCGGCAUACUGGAAAGAUCCUUACAGCGUACCCAUAGCAGUUAUCUUCGAAGAUUCCCAGCCGAUAACACAGCGUCUCAUGUAUGAAAUUAGGACGAAUCCUUCGUACCUCUCGCCACCUUCGCCGACCGAACUGUAUUCCACUCCAGUUACCUGUCGAAGGGAUACCACUCAUUGGUUAGGCGACAUGUUGUCGAUGAAGAUCGGCGGAUCCUGUCCCGUCAACGAUUACUUGUAUUCCGGCUUCUUGUUCCUACAAAUGUUAAUAGACGUCACAAAAAUAAGAUUGGACACGGGAAAUCCCGAUCUGACCGUACCGGACAUCAAGCUCCAGAUAUUUCCGAAGGAUGCAUUUACCGCGGAUUGGAUGGUAGCCUUCAGGGUAGUCAUCCCGCUCUACACAGUCUUGGCGCUCUCGCAAUUCAUCACGUAUCUCCUGAUUUUGAUAGUCGGCGAGAAGGAAAAAAGGAUCAAGGAAGGGAUGAAGAUCAUGGGCCUAAACGAUUCUGUAUUUUGGUUGUCGUGGUUCAUUGUCUACGGCGUCUUCGUCCUCCUACUUUCCGCUGUCGGGGUAAUACUGCUGUUCACUCUACAGAUGUUUCAACACACGCAUUUCCUGCCGAUAUUUCUUCUGGUGGUGCUAUACAGCUUCUCCGUGAUCAUGUUCGCCUUCAUGAUCACGCCGUUUUUCGACAAGUCGCGCACGGCCGGUGUUUUGGGUAACUUCGCCGUCACGAUUCUGAGCUUGAUGUACUUCAUCCAAGUAUUCGUGGACGACUCCUGCUCGAUCUCGUUCUGGCUGGUCUCUCUACUCAGCCCGACUGGAGUCGCUCUGGCGAUAGACAAGGCUCUCGUGCUGGAUCUUCAGGGCCAGGGAGUGAAUUUCGACAACCUAUGGUCCGGGCCUGGGAUACCUUUCGGUGGCAGUCUCAUCAUGAUGACUCUGGACAUAUUCUUGUACGGCUGGCUGGCCUACUAUCUCGAUUCCGUGAUACCGAGUGAAUAUGGCACGAAAAAACCACCUUGGUUCUGCUUCCUACCCGGAUUUUGGUGUCCAAGGAAAGUCCAAAGGGUACCGUCGUCGAAUGGCGAGUCGAACUCCUUCAUCCCCGGCGAGGAGGCGAACCGCGACAUAGAGCCGGUGGUGCGCGAGAUGAAGGGUCGCGAGGCGAUCAGGAUAGCCGAUCUGUACAAGUCAUAUCACAAGUGCCGGCGCUCGGAGACCAAGGCGGUGAACGGCAUCAAUCUGACCAUCUACGAAGGUCAGAUCACCGCUAUACUCGGCCACAACGGCGCCGGCAAGUCCACUCUCUUCAACAUCCUCACGGGCCUCACCGCGCCCACCGCUGGCACCGCUCUGAUCUUCGGCUACGACGUGCGUGACAGCAACGACAUGCGGGCGAUCCGCAGCAUGACCGGCGUAUGCCCGCAGCACGACAUCCUCUUCGACCUGCUGACGCCGCGCGAGCACCUUGAGUUCUUCGCCGCGGUACGCGGUAUACCGCGCUCGAUGAUACAGCACGAGGUGAAGAAAACCUUAAAGGACAUCGACUUGAUCGAGCAAGCGGAUGCUUUCGCGAAAUAUCUUAGUGGUGGUCAAAAGAGGAAGCUGUCCGUAGGAAUAGCGAUAAUCGGAGAUCCCAAGAUCGUCAUCCUCGACGAACCCACCGCCGGAGUGGAUCCGUAUUCCAGAAGGCAAAUGUGGUCCUUACUACAAUCGAGAAGACACGGAAAAGUGAUAUUGUUGACGACACACUUCAUGGACGAAGCGGACAUACUUGCUGACCGAAAGGCGGUGAUUAGCAAAGGGAAGCUCAGGUGUUGCGGUAGCUCAUUGUUCCUGAAGAACAAGUUCGGCAUUGGAUACCACUUGACGUUGGUGUUGGAAGGCAACGCCAGGGAACACGCCAUCACCCGCUUAGUGAUGUCGCACGUGACGAAAGCGGAAAAGGCGAGACGUCAUGGUCGCGAAUUGAGUUUCAUCCUACCUCACAAUUGCGUGGAUAGCUUCGCGCCUCUGUUCUCCGCCAUUGAGCAUGAGAUCAAGACCAGAUCGAGCAGACUCGGCAUCAACAGCUACGGUGUGUCGAUGACCACCUUGGAAGAAGUGUUCCUGCACCUGGAGAAGGACGAGGAAACCGAGUGCACGAUGGAUAAUCUGUCGAAGAAGAUGGUGCGCAAUCGCGCACUCAGCAGAUCGCUCUCGUUACAGUCCAAGAGUACGUCAUACCAGAGCUUGCAAAACGAGGGAGUGACUGUCCAAGGCGACAAUCAAGCGAAAGGUACGAGCGAUCUACCGGACGGCGUUCAUAAUGACAGAAAUCCGCCCGUCCUCGGCCUCGGCUUAGACCCCAUCAAGGUCCGGCCUAACUUCAUGCAGACUUUCUACGCCAUGCUACGCCUACGGGUGCUCAGACUCUUCAGGAAUAUACAGCUGCUCUAUUUCACGAUCGUCGCGCCGCUCGCUCUGAUAGUGCUCGGCCUCUACUUGCACAGCAUCCAAACGAUCGACAUCAAGAUGCGAUCGUUAAAACUUAAUAGCCAUACAUACGGUGACGAGACUAAGAUUCUCUACAUGAAUAAUACCGAUCGCGACAUUACCGACUUAAUGGACAGCAUAACUCAAGACGCGAAGUACAUUGAAGAAUACGACGGCGAUUUCGCAAAUUUACUGAAUAUCGCACCACACAUAGCUGCAUUCAACAUUAACAGCUAUAGUCCACCGCGAAUGAAUUUGACUGUAGUCUACAAUGACACGAUGCAACAUUCCCUGCCAAUCUUAGUGAACAUUCUUUCGAACGCUUAUCAUAGAUUGAUCUCGGACAAAAGCGAACCUAUGCCGAUCGAAGUGAAAACGCAUCCCUUCCAACAAACAUCGCAACCGCAAGGGUUCAACAUCGGCAUGGCCAGUACCGCUCUCUUCAUCGGUAUGGACUUCGUGUUAGUGCCGAUUACUUUGGCAGUGGACAUGGUGUACGAUCGCGAGUGCAAGGCGAAGAACCAACUUCGUGUGAACGGCCUGUCGUUUCCCAUGUACCUUCUGAGCUACUUCAUCGUGCUGGUCGGCCUGAUGACCUUCAUCUGCAUGUGUAUCCUCGGCAUUAUCUUCAUGUUCGACGUGCCUUCGCUUCAAGAGUCACCAGCGCUCAUCGCCCUCAGCACCCUCCUCAUGCUGUACUGCCCGUCGGCCAUCCUCUUUGCGACCUGUCUCAGCUACAUGUUCGAUAAGAUGGACUCCGCGCAGAGCAUCUUGCCGAACAUCGCCACUUUCUUCGGGCUGGUACCGUUCAUCAUGGUCAUGAUCAUCGACAUGCUGGAACUCGGUGGGACAGCGGCGCUCACAUUGCACGUGAUCUUCUGCCUAUUGAACAGCAUGUACGUACCGUACGCCGCGGUGUACUACGUAGACCGCGUUUACCUCAUGUGCUCGAUCAACGCCGCUUGCCAUCACCUCACCAUGUCCGAUUACCUCACCACGGAGAUCAUAGUGAUGGUCAUCGCGGUGCUGCUGCACUGCCCAAUGUGGUUCUUUGUGCUGGUUCUGCUGGAUAUCAAGAAGAACGGCGGCAAAAUCAGCGAGUACUUCAAGUAUUACCUGAGGAAAGGCAGAUCCAUCAGCGAAGAGAUCAUAGAGAAUUCGGAUGUUGGCGAGCACGAAGACGCGGACGUGAAAACCGAGCGGCAGAGGGUUUUCAAUCUCGUCAGCUCGUCGGCUGUUCAGGAGCCGCCCGUGGUUUUGGUACAGAAUCUGAGGAAGGAGUACCGGCAUCAAGAAGCAAGCUCAUUAUGCAGCUGUUGCUCGAAACACGAAGAACAGACCACGCAGCGGAAGGUCGCCGUGCGGAAUAUCUCGCUGGCUGUGGAGCCCGGCGAAGUGUUCGGCCUUCUGGGCCAUAACGGCGCCGGCAAGACCACCACCAUAAGAAUCAUCAUCGCGGAGGAGUCAGCGACGAGGGGUAGAGUGCAAAUUGGCGGUCAAAAUAUUAACAUUCACAUGACGGACGCCUUCAAGCAGUUGGGCUAUUGUCCCCAGCACGACGCCCACUGGAAGAAUAUCACUGUGCGGGAGCAUCUGGAGUGUUACGCCGCGAUACGCGGUGUUCCCUGGGGCGACAUCGACAGAAUCGUGGAUCUCUAUCUGUCCGGUCUGCAAAUUCAGGAGCACGCCGACAAGCAAACCCAGGAGUGCUCCGGCGGAACUAAAAGAAAACUCAGCUUCGCGUUGGCGAUGAUCGGUGGGCCCAAAGUGGUCCUCAUGGACGAGCCAAGCACAGGCAUGGAUCCCAAGUCGAAGAGAUUCCUGUGGGACACGAUCCUCGCUAGUUUCCAGGGUGGUAGAGGAGCCAUAUUGACCACGCAUUCCAUGGAGGAGGCCGAUGCCUUGUGUUCGAGGGUCGGCAUCAUGGUAAAGGGUGAACUAAGGUGCAUCGGCUCGACCCAGCACCUGAAGAACCUUUAUGGGGCCGGCUACACCCUCGAGAUGAAGCUUUUGGGUGGUGAUUGCACGCCGACAACUCCCUCCGGCGACAGGGUUGCCAGCCUCAAAGAAUUCGUCGCUGGUCUCUUUCCCGACGCCACACUGGAGGAGAGCUUCGCUGACAGGCUCGUCUUUGCCGUGCCCCAAAACGCCGUGAACUCGCUGGCCGAGUGCUUCACGCAGUUGGAGAAAGCCAAGCUCGAGCUGGACAUAGAGGAGUAUAGCUUUAGUCAAACUACCCUGGAGCAAGUGUUCCUCAAGUUCUCGCACUACGACGAGGGCAAUUCUGUGGAAUGAUGAUUCGUGGUGAUAGCAAUACGUCGUUAUUGUCAUCGUUGUUGUCACGUGUCGAUCAGUGAGUCCGCGAACAAUGCGCGCAGAACGACCGUUCGUCUGCGUGCGAACGCGUGAAGAGGAGAUGUGUGCCUCCUCGAGGCGAAGACGAUGCUCGAGGCACCGCGAAACGAAAUCUUCGUUGUUCUCGUUGGCGAUACGCGCGAUCGCGUGUACACGACGAGGAGUAGAUAGAACGAUAGGGAAUGUUAUCGUUAGCCGACUAUUUCUAGUGCUGUGUUCCAAGGGAGUAUCAAGAUGACACAUCGUCUCGUGCCUUCAGAUCCUUUGUAGGGGCAAUGAAGAAACGAAUGAUGGGGGGAUACGAGGAUUGAUCGAUAGUCUUAAUAACGAGCGAUCAAAGAGAGAAACACGACGAAGAAACAAUUAUCUGACGAUUAAUGGAGUUUUAUCUUAGAAGAACAUCAAAGUCAUAAAUAAAUCAACUCGUAGAAUUCGAGGGCUCCGAGAAGCAAGCUGGAGCGAGCUUUAGAAUAGCAAUGAAACAUAUUAGAAAUGGUUCGCACUUAGAGAAAGAGACCAGUCGCCUCGAGCAGCCUCGAACUAUCAAGGAAGAAGAACAAAGCGACUUUUGAGAGCGACGGAGGAACAGUUUCAUAACCGACAGUCUCUCAGUUCAACAGCAGUAUUAACACGACAGGAAACUAAGUAUGACGAAAUAUAACCCGCGAACAGGUUCAAAUAUACUACGACAGAUUCUAGACUCGCGACCCGAAGGAGGUGUUUAAAUAAUAAGCCGCUUCGUAGCUCCAGACUGUUAAAGGAAGGCUGAACGCGGUAGAACCAUGAGGGAACAGUUAGCCACUAGUCCUAGCUAGUUCAGUUUCAAAGGGAGUAUCAAAGCCACAAGUCGCCUUGUAGCUCUAUGCUGACACGAAGAAACGCGAGAGGACGAUUAGACAGCAAGGUGGUGUUACCUCGAGGGUGUAUUCACGCACGAGCUGUUUCAACGUGUCGCAGGGAGGCUCACGUGGGAAACGACGGGGCAACGAAGAGGCCGUCGGGGGAGUCGACCCGAUCGUAGAUACCGACGAAGGUCGGACUACGACGGAUCGCCUCGUCGCUCAGAGAACGGCAAGGUCUCCGACGAAAAAUAAUCGAUAAUAGGCGAAUAAAAAAAAAUGUUAAACGCAAGGACAAUGCGCUAGUUAUAGGAUCGCGCUUCGAAGAAGCGCGUUGCUUGAAAAACUGGAAGGGAUAUAAACAAACGAUUGAAGAACGACGAGGGGAAGUUCGCGUUUCGGAUGGUGCUUCGAAGAAGUGUUUCAAGAGUCGAUCCUCCUCCCUCAAGGGGAGAUUGAAAUAAGGGGAGAACAUUGUCCCCUUUCUCUAGUUGCCGAGAACAUCUGGAGGAACAAUGAUCGAUAGAACAAUAGGAAUAAACAGUUAGGAACAAAUAGGAACCUAAAUAUAUAUAUAUAUAUAUAUAUAUAUAUAUAUAUAUAUAUAUUGGAUAUCGCGAUAUAUAUAUAUAUAUAUAUAUAUAUAAUAGCGUUGUGUGCUUCGAGGUCGAGUUCGACGUCGAUUGGCGACAGGGUGUGACACGAGUGCUGAGGGGGUGCGAGAGACGUCGCCGACGGUGGGGUGCGUUACCGUUCGCGCCGAUUAAUCGCCGUCGUGUUCUGGCGUGCACGCGCUAAACAAGAGACUCCACCGAGUUAUCUAUGUAUUUACUGUGUAAAUAGUCGCGGUCACACGCGCGCCGCGGGGGCGCAGUCUGUUGGCAUCGUCGUCUCCGACGUUCUUGUCUGGCGUUCCUUGUACCUCGGCGUUGUCUCGUCAGUAUUGAAUAAUACGAGCCGAGACAUCAUAUCGGGAUCACCCCGGCUGAUCGGCAACGUCCUGCGUCGUGCAGAAUGGCAAGGGUGAGGAGGGAAGCAGACAAGUGUUAGUCAACGUUUACGAGGGGAUGAAAGUCCCCGGGGCGUAGCGUCAAAGUUACACCGGUAGUCCACUUCGUAUUUGGAAACUUAACGAUAAUAGAUCUCGUACAGAUAUAUUGCACUGGAAUUGGAGCGCACGAGUCCUGAGUCCUACUCGACUCGGGCAGGACGACUCGCGCCGCGCAAGAAUACAGAUCGACGGCUCGGCUUGAAAUGUCCGGCUUGAGACCGACUAUUAUUUGACGCAUCCUUUGUAUCAACAGGCCUUUGUAUCUUAAUUGUUUGCGUUCUUUCUGUGGCUAUUUGCGAUGAUCUUGUGCGGUCAAAAAUUGAAGAAAUAAGUGACACGAGAAAGAUCGACAGGAACCUUUUCCGAUGAAAAAUUGUGAGUCCCCGAUGUCUCGAAUGAGAGAUUAGUUCGAGUAUAUUUAACGUGUCUCUGUUUUUUUUCUUUUGUUCUCUCUUCGCUCUUUAUCUCGACUCGCAAGGUAACACAAAAGAUUUCAUAUCGCCCACUUCUCGAGCCGAGCCGUCGAUGUAGCGUAGACGUGAGUCUUAUCAGGUUGUGCUGGAUACAGCGAGUUAUUACACGAGAGGUGUUCGAGAAGUAGCUUUUGUCGUGAGAUAACGUCACUGCGAGAGCGUACCGAUCUCCGUUUUUUGAUAGCCAACGAGUCCUGAAUUCUACGAAUUUUAGACACGAUGUCGAUACCGAUUCAGAACGAAGACUUGACGCGUGUACCUGCUAUUAUUUCCGAUAAGUCAUGAAAGCUAUUUCUUUAUUUAAGAUUACGAACAGCAAAACCCAGAACGGGGUACUGAAAUAAUUUAAAUGAUUGUUUCUCCUCCGUGCUCAAAACACGGAGGAUUAAAUUGAAAGGACGUUAAUAUCGCGCAAAUAAUCCUUUUUGUCAACGAUGUCACGGAUGUGCCGUGGUGUCCUGCGUAUGCUAUUAUCAGGUUUACACAAGAACGCGCUUCGUCUUCUCUCGUUAAGCGAGAAGAUCAAGGUGCCUUCAGCUGAAUUCCCGAAAACGAUCGCUUCACCCAAAAUCCACGACACCGUCAUGUCGCGCUUCUCGAACAGCCCUCGCAUUUUCUAUACACACAUAUUUAGAAGUACUCCGAAGAACUAUAGUCCUAAAAUAAAAGAAAAGGAAAACGCAAGGACGACACAGGCUUAUAGUUUCGAGCGCAACAGUGUUUCUCUUGUGUGAUAUAACAUGAUACGCGGACACUCUUUACUGUUGUACAUCGAUCAAAUAAUACAGCGAACGAUCUCGAGAGAAAAGCAGCCGAAAAUGCCGCUAAUAUAUCGUGGACUUAACUUUUUGCACGCGCGUCGCAUAUCCGUCGCGAUCGAUCGCGCAUCGUCGUUCGAAUGAAUUGAGUUAUAAAUUCCAAAUUAAAUCAAAUUAAUAACAAAUUAAGUUACCCUUGUCGUUGAAAAACUUUUUCGCGAGAAGAGAUUAAUCGCUAAAAGUAGCGGUAGCAAUUGUUCCCGCGCUUUAUCAAGAAUGAAUCGCCGCGCGAUCAUUGUUCGAAUGAUUCUAUCGUCAAUAGAAUGCAAAAGUUUGCAAGAUUUUACAACGACCCUUCCCACCCGAGUGACAAUCCGAACGGGAAGCACGAGUCGCUCGCACGAGUGCCGAAGAAGUGCAAGGAGCUGGAAUCGGUUUCCUGUCGAGAAUAAUUUCGCACACCUUAGCUAGCGUGGACUGAUCAACAUUAAGCAAUAUAUGCGAAAAAAAAACUAACAUAGAUACAAAUAUGUAAUUGAUGGCAUGGAUAUGGUAAAGGGCGUCAAUUAACGCGAUCGAUCGCUCGAUCAGGUCGGAAGAUACCUUAGUCCCUUCAAUAAGCAGAUUAUUUGUGAAAUGUAUCCAAAUUGUGUGAUUUCUAUAUUGUUUAUAAAUAUUCUAUGUGUGCAAGCUGCACCAAACUCGCUACUUCUUCCUUCGCCAAUGCAUCCCUCACAGAGAGAAAGAGAGAGCAACCGAGCUCUCUUCGCCGGGACCUGGAAGAAUUCCGCUUCCCCGAUUUCUUUAUCCUUCAACAUUGAUCUCUCUUUAAACUAUGUAAUUUUUACUCGUUAUAAGAAGAGAAGAGCUUGAGUUUUUCGAAUCGUAUGUAUGUGUAUGUGUGUGGGUAUAAGUGUAUGUGUGUGCGCGCGUGUGUGUCAACUGAAAAGCGAUGGCAAGAGCUGUUUUUUCGCGCCUCUUCUUGUUAAAAGGAAAAAAAUGAAGAUACAGUCAGCGUUUGGUGCAGCUUGCGCAUAAAGUUAUAAAUAAUUGUCUCAGCAUUAUAGAAUAAUCUAGAAGGGAAGCACUUCCCACGAAACACACGUGUAUAUAAACUUUCUUGGUCCUGUAAAAAGAGAGUGUAACAUGCUUUUUAUACAGAUAUCAUUCACCGAAAAUUUUAGAAAAGGGUCCCGCUUUCAUUGGUUUAUGAAAUACUUUUAGGACGAUAAGCGCGUGCUUGUCGUCCAAUUUUUCAAAGUAAAGACGUAGUCAAAUUGAAUAAACUCUAUCUAAACAUCAAACUAAAUGACGAUCGACUAAUAUAAAUAUAUAUACAUAUAUACAUAUGCAAUAAUAUAUCUCUUUCUCUCUAUCACGCAAAAUAGUUAAUUUAUACUUCGGAUCGAGCAUCCCGAAAUUUUGGCAUUUUCGCGACUUACGUUGCGUUAUGUUACUUUUAGAAUAGAGAAAUACCAUAUUUCCAUACAUAUUUCCAAUUUAGUUGUUAUUAUAAACAUAUUUUCCAGCACCCGUACGAAGCAAUUAUACGAAUUGAGUUUUUAUCGCGAAACUAGCAAAUAAAUGCUAACACUAUCGAUCUCCAGUGAUUGAAAUUAAUAGGGGAAAAUAAUAUUUUGAUUUCUGCUCUGAUGUGUGUCCAACGUGUACAUGCAAUUAGCAUAAUUUCGCAAAAUGCAUCACGAAUUAUUGUUGUCACGGUUUUACGUCGCAUAAUUUUAUCGCAGCUAUUUAUUAUUUGUUUAUCGUUUAGUGAGUUAUUAUUAUAAUCGAUAGCCUCCUCUCGCCCCUUCGCGAAAGAGAAUAAUUAUUUUUAUCCUUGUAUAUGCGAGCGCGUUUUCUCGCAAAGGAAGAAAGAAAGUGUCGCGCGCGCCGAGAGUUUAAAGCUUCUGUUUAUAAAAUACCAGAUCGUAUCGUCACGUCCCUGUGGAAAAUAGGUAGAUAAAGAGGAAUUGGCGGGAAUUCGCUCUGCGCGAAAUUGAAUUUCCGUAUAUCCGAGAUCGGGAAUACACUCGAGCAAGUCAGGCCAAACUUUUCCUCGCUGUCCCUGUCUAUUUGCGAACCGACGCUGUUUUGUAUUGUACGGAUAAUCAGAUAAAUAAUUCGUUCAAUAAUUUAAUUCACGCUUAAAUAAAUUAAAAGAUAAAAAUAAAAUAGUUUCGAAGAAAAGAGAUUCGAAGGCGAUCUCAGAAACAAACACCAUCUUCAUUCCAAACAUUAGGGAUUCGCAAUUUCACAAAACAGAAUUCCCGUCAGCUUUCCUCUCGACCGGCUAUUCUUCACGGGGGUUGCACUAGACACACGUACUUCUACUCUAGCGUAUCUCGAUGAAGUUUUAUUCGAUAUAUACAUAUAAUACACGUCGAAAAAAAAUUGCCUGUCCAUAGUGUUUAUCGAGUGGCCGUUUGUAUCUCGCCGUAUCAGGACCGGCGGAGGCUUUCCGGAAGGUAACUUUGUAAAAAAUAAAAAAAAAAAAAAAACCAAAAAAAAGAAAAAAGACACAUGAUUUAGAUCGAACUAGGCUUUUCUCGUUGAUAUUUUCAAGCUUAUGUAGAACUGUUUCUUAGGGUUUUCAACAAAUUUCUUAAAAUAGAAUAAAAUCUCCGAAAGAAUUUCGUA